AUGCAUACGAGCCGUCCGCGCGGCGUGCACAGCAUCGCGCUAGUGCUGUCUCUUGCGAUUGCCUGGUUGCCUCAUGCCGACCAUGCCGCGGGAGCGGGAGGAGGGGGGAUGUUUGGUGACGUCAAUAUCUCAGCCAUUUUGGAUUCGCUAAGUGUAAGCUACGACAAAAGAGUGAGGCCGAACUAUGGAGGACCGCCAGUGGAUGUGGGAGUCACCAUGUACGUGCUAUCCAUCAGCUCCUUAUCUGAAGUGAAAAUGGAUUUCACGCUGGAUUUCUACUUCAGACAAUUUUGGACAGACCCCAGGCUUGCUUACAAAAAAAGGACGGGUGUGGAGACCCUGUCCGUUGGCUCGGAAUUUAUUAGAAACAUAUGGGUACCCGACACCUUCUUCGUUAACGAAAAACAGUCUUAUUUCCACAUAGCUACUACAAGCAACGAAUUCAUACGUAUUCAUCAUUCUGGAUCUAUUACUAGGAGUAUAAGACUGACUAUCACCGCUUCUUGUCCGAUGGAUUUGCAGUAUUUUCCGAUGGACCGUCAAUUAUGCAAUAUUGAAAUCGAAAGUUUUGGCUACACCAUGCGGGACAUCCGAUACAAGUGGAAUGAGGGGCCCAACUCAGUGGGCGUGUCGAGCGAAGUGUCUUUGCCGCAAUUCAAGGUGCUGGGCCAUCGGCAGCGGGCCAUGGAGAUUUCUCUUACAACAGGAAACUACUCUCGUCUGGCAUGUGAAAUUCAAUUUGUGCGCUCGAUGGGAUACUAUUUAAUUCAGAUAUAUAUUCCUUCUGGCCUUAUUGUCAUUAUAUCUUGGGUGUCAUUUUGGUUGAACCGAAACGCGACACCUGCAAGGGUGUCACUAGGUGUCACCACUGUAUUGACUAUGACGACGCUCAUGUCGUCCACUAAUGCUGCUCUGCCCAAGAUCUCAUAUGUCAAAUCCAUCGAUGUCUAUCUGGGAACCUGUUUCGUCAUGGUCUUCGCCAGUUUACUAGAAUAUGCCACAGUUGGCUAUAUGGCUAAAAGGAUACAGAUGAGGAAACAAAGAUUUACUGCUGUUCAGAAAAUGGCCGCUGAAAAGAAAAUGCAAAUUGAUGGUCCUCCAGGGUCAGCUGAGCCUGUCCCCCCACCGAGGACAAGCACCUUGUCCAGGCCACCACCCCCUAGCCGAUUAUCGGAGGUUCGGUUCAAAGUUCACGAUCCGAAGGCAUAUUCUAAAGGUGGCACCUUAGAAAACACUAUCAAUGGUGCACGGGGCCCAGCCCCAGGACCUGCCCCACCGGCUGAUGAAGAAGCUGGACCACCCCCACAUCUCGUUCAUGCAUCCAAGGGUAUCAACAAAUUGCUCGGCACGACUCCCUCGGACAUCGACAAGUACUCGCGCAUCGUGUUCCCCGUCUGCUUCGUUUGCUUUAACCUUAUGUACUGGAUCAUUUACCUUCACGUAUCUGACGUCGUGGCUGAUGACUUGGUACUACUAGGCGAAGAAAAUUGAAUUAUCUUUUACUAUACCGGACUUGUUUUAACUUAGGGUGCUUAUGAUCAGCCAUCCAUCAAGUUUCGGUAAAGUUCUUUAAAUCCUAGAAACGCUCAGUAAACUAUUAGCGUUCUUUGUAUUUAUAAAUAUAAUAGUACAGAUCACUAUGUUUAUUAUAGAUAAGUGUCGUGUAUAUUGGCACUGGUAAUAUUAAUUCUUUAGAAAAUAGAGAUAAUAUAAAGUUCAAAUAUAUGAGUCAAUCUGUCUAAGAGACAAAAUGUUAUACCUUCAAUAGUAAUCAGUCUAUAAAUAAAGUUGUAUGUAUACAGAAAAAACUGUGCGGUUUUAAAGUUAUUUACAUUUAAAUAGAUUGCAAUACAGCCCUAGUUAGUUUACAAAAUACUUACUAAAUGCAGUUUUAUGCGCUAUUUCUUGCUAACUUCAAACGAUGGCUGUCUUUACUUCUCGUAUUGAUUAAGUAGCUGCAGUUAUAUUGAGUAUCUUCACCCAUAACAUCAAAAAGUACAUUGUUUGAGGAGACGUCUCCUAAACUGCUUUCCAACUGUGCCCUUAGAAAACUGACUAAUGAUUGUAACUUUAUCCGCCAAAACUUAAAUAGAAGAGGCUAAUGCUACUGUAGUUGUAACACAUUCAAAUGAUAACUAUUCAGUAAUGAUAUUAAAUUAGUAAAUUGUAAAACUAUUGUAUCUACCAAAACAAAUCAGUAUUACUAGUUUAAGAUUCCGUAACAUUCAUUUAGUUUAUUUAGAUGCAGAUACUUACAUCUUAGACAGUCAUAGACCCUUGUAAUAUAGGUACAUAGUGCCUCAUCCCCCAGUGACACUGUCACUGCUCGUGAAUCUACCUUUAGAGUCUGUGAGUAGUUUAGUUAAUCUAUCAAGGAGUUAAUCUAACUAAAACGAUGGAAUUUUAUGAGGACUUGAUUGUACAAUUACGACCGUGGGUCCUUUCUAGGGCAAUGUGUAAAUAAUUUAUACAUACUUAUAUUUAUACGACUAGGAUAUACACGAUUGCUCUAGUUAAAAAGUUAUUAUGUUCAAUUUAACAUGUAUACACCGGUAAUACACUUCAAAUUAAAUCUAGUGCACAGAACACUUUUUCUACGUAGUUUAAAAUUUACGUGUAUCAAUGAAUACUUAUAAUAUAUUAGAUCUGAAGGGGUAACACGACCCAAUAUAUUCAAAAGAUUGGCCGGUCAUAUCGAUCUUGGAUUCUUAUUUUUCCUAUCCAAAUCAAAAAUGGAUAGCGAUCGAGCGUGUUUCUCCCAUGCCAUAAUGAUACGCGGGUGAUAGGUCAAUAGCACUGUUAUACCUAAUGUACGUUUAAAUUAUAUUUAGUAAGUAUGGUAAUCGAUAAGAAUAAAUGAGUAAAGGGAAAUGAAGAGUUUCGUAGAGUACCGUUUAUAGAGCUGUGACUAUUCUAAGUUUUGAUCACAGCAUUAAUUGAAAUUAUUAAUAAACUUAAGAAACUAAUAACUAAUAUUAAAGGGAAGUAAUUCUUCGUUUUGUUUUACCUUUAAAGGCUUGUAGAUAGUUUGAUUGAUAUUGUUUGAAUUGAUGUGUUCCAACUUAUUUGAAGAAACGUUUGUAACGUUUUAUCAAACACUACUUCCUUGUUGUGACUCCAGUUUUUAAAUAUUUACAAUAUCAUUUUGGAGUAUUUUAAGAUUUGAGCAGCGUGCCAUAUCUUGUUAGAAUGAUCCCAAAUUAUUUAUUUCUGAAUUUGCUCAACGUUUUUCAAAGACACUAUUUAUAAAUAUAUAUUUAAGGGAGUGGGAAUAGGAAUGUAAUAAAUAGGAUAGGGAUUAAUAUUUUAAAGCAAUUAUAAUUUGCCUCCUAUUUAUAUCCACAUACUCAGACUGUGCAUUAAGACUAGAUUUGAAUAAAUUGUAUCAUUUAGAAGGUCUGUUUGGGUUCUAAAUAUAUUUAAAUUUAUUCAGUAAUACAAUAAAAUUAAUCCUAACAAUUGUAUAAAGACUGAGUCAAUAUUCUUUUAGUUCCUCAUAUUUACAGCUAAAAUGAACUUGACAGCCAUCUACGUUUCCUUGAUUACGUAAGUUCUUCUGUUUCUAUGAACCUACUGUAUAAAUCAAAAGUAUAUAACAUAUAAUAAAUAUUGAUAUUUAAAAACAUUAUUACCACGAAAGUGAUAAAACCUUUUCUGUUAUCAAAUAAAUGUAUGAAUUUCUUUAUAAAUCAUUUAGUAGUAGUUACUUACAAUCAGCCAAAAUGGAUAAGUGUGUCUUUAAAGAUUAACUAUUAGUCGACCUUCAAAUGAACUAUAAAAAUUGUACAUGAAUAUGAAAAAAAAGUAAGAUGUGAAAUUCGCAUUAUAUUGCACCUAGUUAGUAAGUAAGUAGCGUAGCUUAGCGUACGGGGAAGCGGGCGAGGCGCGCCGUGGGGACAACUGACGUCAGCAAUUGGAAUUUCGUAGAUUCGUUUGAAACGGAAAACUUAUCGCUGAUCUUUUGCAGGGAGAGAAACCUAAUAUGCUAGUAUCGGUUCUACAAUGGCUCGUAAUUUGGACGUGAGCUCAAGCGCGCAUGGCCCGCAGACCUCUUUCGCGAAACCAAAUUCUAAAUCACAUUUAAAUGAAUCUAGCGUAAUUAAAGAAAUUAUACUGUGUGAGUAAAUCAAUUUAGAAAUCUAAGAUGAUGAUGAU